AUGGAGGGAAGACGCUCUUCAACUCUUCCGGGAGGUUCCCGUCGGGGCCAAACAGGAGGUUAUCUCCCCAUUGAGGACUAUGGAAUGAUUGGCAACAUGCACACUUGUGCGCUUGUGGGAAUUGAUGGGAGUAUUGAUUACAUGUGUUGGCCCGAUUUUGACUCUCCCUCUGUGUUCUGUCGCUUGCUCGACAAGGACAAGGGAGGCCAUUUCUUCAUCUCUCCCCCGCCUGAUGUCAAUUGCACUACGAAGCAGCAGUAUCUGCCCUCGUCUUGUAUUCUACAGACGAGAUCCAUUCAUGAAGAUGGCGUUGUUGACGUGGUUGACUUUUUCCCUCGUCCGAAGAGCACCCAAGUCACGACCAGAGGUGUUAAGCUUAAUGCCUAUCGAGAGGUAACCAAGGUCCAAGACGAGCUCAAGAAGUGGCUGGUUCGUCGAGUGGAAUGCAUCCGUGGUUCAAUGAAUCUUGACAUCGAACUCUUUCCAUCAUUCAAUUACGGAAGAGAUGAGCAUGUGACAACCUUGACUCAAGCAACCCACUGUGCAACCGAUGCCAAAAGCCUAGCUGCCACUUUCCGCAGUAAAGAUACCCAACUGCAGCUUGACGUUGCAAUUGAAAAGGGAGAGAACGAGACCAGUUGCCCUCUCAUAACCUUCCGGAAAGAAAAACGCCCUGGCGUCAACGGCGAAGGUUUAGUUGCUUCGAUUCGCAUUGAGGAAGGCCAAACUAUAUCAUUCGUCCUUCGGAACGAUAUUGAACACCACGUCACAGAGAACAUUACAGUUGAUGUUCUAGAUGCCCAGCAGCAUGCUACGCAGAGUUUCUGGUAUAACUUUAUCGGGCAGUCGAACUACAAGGGCCGAUGGAGGGAGGUGGUGUCACGAAGUUUGAUGAUUCUCAAGAUGAUGACCUACGAACCUACUGGAGCUAUUGUUGCUGCCCCGACCUUUUCUAUCCCUGAAGCCAUUGGCGGUGCUAGAAACUGGGACUACCGCUAUUGCUGGAUUCGCGACUCAAGCUUCACCAUCUACAUCCUGCUACGCCUUGGUUUCAAGGCCGAGGCAGAUGCCUAUAUGGAGUUUAUCAUGGAGCGAUUCGUUCAUUCGCGUGGUCCAGACGGAGGACUGCCGAUCAUGUUUACUAUCCGAGGUGAAACUGAUAUCCCGGAGCUCACGUUAGAUCAUUUGGAGGGAUACAGAGGCAGCAGUCCUGUUCGCAUCGGCAAUGGCGCAGCGUUUCAUCAGCAAUUUGAUAUAUACGGUGAGCUCAUGGAUGCGAUCUACUUGUAUAACAAGUAUGGAAAGCCAGUGCCUUGGGAUGUCUGGAAGGCUGUGCGCGAGAUCCUUGACUAUGUUCUGACUAUUCUCGAUGAUCCCGACAUGUCCAUCUGGGAGGUCCGCAACAAUAAGCAGCACUUCACCUAUUCCCAGAUUAUGCUCUGGGUCGCCUUUGACCGCGGGCUUCGUCUCGCAGAUAAGAGAUGCUUUCCAUGUCCCAAUCGUAGCAAAUGGAUGGAAGCAAGAGAUAACCUCUAUGAGCGCAUCAUGGAGAAGGGAUACAACGAGGAUAUGAAAUGCUUCGUACAGAGUUUUGAGAGCAGGACUAUGCUUGACUCUUCUAUCCUCAUCGCUCCUCUUGUAUUCUUCAUCUCGCCCUGCGAUCCACGCUUCCUCAACACCCUCGAUCGUAUUCUUCUACCCCCUGAGAAGGGAGGCUUGACAAGCACCGGCUUAGUAUACCGCUACGACACCGAAAUCUCAGACGAUGGAGUGGGUGGUCAAGAGGGUGCAUUCAGCAUGUGCACGUUCUGGUUAGUCGAGGCCAUGACCCGGGCAGCUGUGUACGAACCAAAGUAUCUUGUUCGGGCCGUCAAUCUGUUCGAGAAUAUGCUUGGAUUCUCCAACCAUCUUUGCAUGUUCUCGGAGGAGAUCGCAAGGAGUGGCGAACAGCUUGGCAACACACCUCAGGCGUUCAGUCACCUUGCCUUGAUCAGUGCUGCGUUUAAUCUCGAUCGUACUGCGAGGUGA